AGUUAACAAUCUUCCGUGACACACCAAAAGAACAAUUCAAAAAUUACAGGUCUGAAAAUGUAGAAAAUGGAUUUGAAUGUAAUAUUGAAAAAUGUAAGGAAUUUGUGAAACAAAAAGAAAAUCUGAAACCAAACAUCAUAUUUCAUUAACGAUCGGUGAGAGAGAGGGAAACUCUAGCAUCGUCAAUGGAACUCUCCGGUGACGUCGAAAUGAUAGAAGAGAGUGUGGUCGGAGGUAGUCAGCAGUUGAUGAUGACUACAUGUCCACACAAAGAGAACCAAGAGAACCCACACUGUUCUGGCUCGAUUGAGCACCCAUCAAAAGGCAAGGCAACGCUGGGGGUCAUUAUUAGAAACGAGAGGGGAUCCAUCAUAGAGGGAAAUACAAAGGAGAUUCCAGCGGUGUCUAGUCGCUUCACAGAAGCUGCUGCAGUUAGGGAGGCAUGCCUGAUGACCCACACUUUGAAUUUGAACAAUGCAGUGAUCGAAGGUGAUAACACAGAGGUCAUACUGUUUAGUGCAAAUGAGGAUGAUCCAUCAUGGGAGAUAGCAACAUUAUUGGAGGAUAUCAGAAACUGCGCAAAAAAUCUAAACUUCCAAUUCUCACAUACACCAAGAGCAAACAACAAGGCAGGAGAUUGGAUAGCUAAAGCCUGCAUGUCCAAGUCUCUACCUCCAAACUGGAAAUUGAAGGCUAUUUUACUAUUUGAUUGUAAUUAUGAUUUCAAUAUUUAA